UCUCUAGACUUUGUCUGUCGGUCUUGACGACACACUUAAAGUUGCAAGAACUGUCAGGAUGGCGUUUUAUCAACAACAGCCGUUUUAUAACCCGAGAAUCCCAUUCAGUGGCCCAAUCCAAGGAGGCUUGCAGGACGGGAAGAGUAUUAUCAUAAGUGGACGGGUUUUACCAGGGGCUAACAGAUUUCACAUGAACCUUCAGUGUGGUUCUCAUUCUGGGGCGGACGUUGCUCUGCACUUUAACCCACGCUAUGAGAGCACUGAGUAUGUAGUGAAAAACACCUACCAAAACAGGAACUGGGGCUCAGAGGAACGCAAGUAUGAAUCUCCCUUCCCCCAAGGUCAAACAUUCACUCUACAGAUCCUUGUCGCCCAGGACGCAUACAAGAUAUCUACUAAUGGGAGACACUUCGUGGACUAUAAACACCGUAUUCCCUUUACUCGGGUGGACACUAUCGCAGUGGAGGGAAUGGUGGAGCUGAAUUCUGUUGCAUUCCAGAAUCCUGCGCCCUAUUUACCUCCACAACCAGCUUUUCCAGGUUAUAUUCAACCGCACGCAGGAUUUCAGCCUCAGUAUGCUGUGCCUCCAGGAUGUGGGUUUCAGCCUCAGUAUGCUGUGCCUCCAGGAUGUGGGCUUCCUGCAUACCCAUCUGCACCAUCUUAUACUGUCCCAUACAAAACUGUCAUCAAUGGUGGACUUCAACCUGGAAAAAACAUUGUCAUCCACGGAGUGAUCAACCCUAAUGCUAGCAGAAUAAAUUUUAACCUGUGCUACGGAAGUGGGAUCGCAUUUCACUACAAUCCCCGUUUCGAUGAGAAAGUGGUUGUGCGCAACACCAAACAGAUGGAGAGUUGGGGUUCGGAGGACCGGUCCGGAGGCAUGCCGUUUCAAAGAGGACAGCCGUUUCAGGUCACCAUCUCUUGCAAUCCCCACCAUUACAACGUGUUUGUCAAUGGCAAACAAGCACACACUUACAAACACCGCUACGCAAAGCUGAGAGACAUUGAUAUUUUGGAGGUUUGCGGAGAUCUGCAGCUGACUUUAGUGCAGGCCUAACAGGGAUCUGUGAUGUGCCAUUUUGAUCAUAAAUCCUAAAAAGUCUAUCAAAUCUUUAUAAAAAGAAAAACAAGAAAAAGCAUUGCUAAAUGUUUAA